AUGAACACCAAGUUUAUCGCAGCAUACGAGCCUCAAGGCACUACGCCAGACUUAAGACUCGUAAACGGGUCUGUGCGGACAAUUCAUCCCAGUGAACUGCUUAUUCGAGUCGUCGCUACUGGUAUUUGUCACACUGACCUUAUCUUUGCCACUUGGCCUGCCGACCAGAUCCCAUACCCCAAAGUAUUAGGACAUGAGGGUGCUGGUGUUGUCGUGGAAGCAGGGCCUGGGGUAACCAAAGCUCGCCCAGGUGACUUUGUCCUUCUCUCCUUUCACAAUUGCAAAGACUGCCAUGACUGCAAAGAGGGCCAUCCGUCUUUUUGCAGCAAGUUCGUUGAGGUCAAUUAUGGCGGCGAGGAUGCAACAUAUACCGCAGAGGGUACCGAUUUGCGUGGCAACUUUUUCGGGCAGUCGUCCUUUGCUGAACUGGCAGUUGUCAAGGAAACAUCUGUUGUAAAUGUGACCAACAUCAUCAAAACUGAAGAGGAGUUGAAGUUAUUCGCGCCGCUUGGUUGUGGAUUUCAGACUGGUGCGGCGACGGUUGAGAACGUUGCCAGAGCAAAUGAGAAAGACAGAGUCGCAGUCCUAGGUCUUGGUGGUGUCGGAUUAGUUUCUAUAAUGACGGCAAAGAUGCAGGCCUGCAGGACUAUAAUUGGCAUUGAUCGCGUACCUGAGAGACUGGAAUUGGCCAAGGCCCUUGGAGCGACUCAUGUAAUCAACACAGCCGAUGAGAACAUUGACAUAAAAGACGAGAUCCAAAGAGUCACUGAUGGAAAAGGCUCUAGCAUAACGAUUGACACGACAGGGAACAUGGGCCUCAUCAAAGCAGGUCUAGAGUUUACUGCCAACAGAGGUCAACUGAUCUUUGUUGGAGUACCGCCACUCGAUGCCAUGAUGGAUCUUCAUCUUGUCACAUUCAUGCAGACCGGGAAAGUCAUUCGAGGAACUAUUGAAGGUGAUGCUGUCCCUGCCGAGUAUCUACCCCGAAUGGUACAAUGGUAUCGGGAAGGCAAGCUACCAAUCAAUAAGCUGAUCAGCUUUUACAAGCCAGAAAAUUUUGAGACUGCUUUGAAAGACAUGAAAAUCGGGAAAACAGUCAAACCAGUUAUCGUCUGGUAG